GCUGACAAAGUAUUUUUUAAAUUGUACAUCAAAAGUAUUUAAAUUUUAACAUGUAGAAUUUGCAAAUAUAAAACACGUAGAUAUGUAAAUGGUUGAGAAUAUUUUUUCAAGUAAACAUAACCGCAAAAAGGUUUGGCUUUAGGUUUGUUUUCAAAGUGUUAAAUCACACCUUGAUCUCGAGUCACAAUUGGUUAUACUAAGUUCUCAUCACGAUACCUUAGCUCUGUCCACUUCAGAAAUAGCUUUUGUUGUACCAAAGAUAACAUUUGUAUUACGUCUACAAAUUUAUGGUGAUAAAUGUUUUUAUUAAAUUGAGAAAGCAAGUACUUUAGUCAACAGUUUAUUAUUAUCUUUAUAAACCACGUGGAGAUCUUAUUGUGCUCAAACAAGGGCAUGUUAUGUAAAUAAAAUAUACUUAAAAUGCCAUAUCACAAAACAUAUACAAAACUCAAGUACCGUUUCUACGGAAUGGCACAGGUGCAGCCGCAGUUUCCGUUAUUACACCGUAGAAGACAGUUGCCCAAAUUAUGGAUUCGCAAAUUCUGGAGCCAAUAGUGUCCACCGCAAGUGGCAAGUUGAGAGGUCAACUCUAUUACAGUUUCGAUGGCAUACCUUAUGCGAAGCCACCACUUGGUAAAUUACGCUUCAAAUCACCACAGCCUGUCGAGCCUUGGCUUGGCGUACGGGACUGUACCAUAUGUUCGCCCAAAUGUAUGCAAAGCAAUCGUUCCAAUGGCGCGAUUGAGGGCAAUGAGGAUUGCUUGUAUUUAAAUAUAUUUACGAAGAAGCCACGUUCUACAAAGCCCUUACCGGUCUUAGUUUAUUUGAUUGGUGGAGCUUUCACAACCGGAGAUGCCUCACGAAAUAGCUGGGGUCCCGAUUACUUUAUGAUGAAAGAUGUAAUACUUAUAAGUAUUGGAUAUCGCUUAGGUGCCUUAGGCUUCCUCAGUUUCCCGGAACCCGAACUUCAAGUGCCCGGUAAUGCGGGCCUCAAAGACAUCGUCAUGGCAUUGCAGUGGAUAAAGAAAAAUUGUCAGUACUUCAACGGCGAUCCCGAUAAUAUAACACUGAUCGGACAUAGCUCGGGCAGCUAUGCAGCACAAAUGCUCAUGUAUGUGCCGCAAUGUGAAAAUCUCUUCCACAAAGUAAUACUAAUGUCCGGCAUGCAAAUGCACUUACGCCGCAUUCCCCAACUGGAAUAUCGCUUCGCCAAACACUUGGGAUAUAAGGGCAAAGAGAAUAACCACGAUAUACUUGCCUAUCUCAGCGCAUUGCCAGCAGAGCGCCUUUGCAAUCUUCAAAUUUGGACACCAGAAGAACUGAAGCAAUGCCCUCCUUUCGUAUUCUCUCCUACGCUCGAAAAUGAGUCUGCGCCAGAUGCUAUACUGACCAAGGACCUACUUGAUAUGUAUGCCAAUAAGCAAUCUUGGUGUCACAGUAUGCCGCUGGUGUUAGGUGGCAACUCAUUUGAGGGUCUUUUGCAUUACAACUAUUUCACCAAGAAACCUGAACUAUAUGAAACUCUCAGAAAGCAUCCUGAGUACUUGCUCCCAUAUGAAGCCAGAGAGAAAUGUGAUGGGCACACACAACAACAACUCGCAAAGAAGCUUAUACACAUGCAUUUAGGUGCGAAGGAAUUGGAUAUUGAGCACUCGUUUGAUCUUAGGCAGUUAUCGUCUUAUGAUUUGAUGUACCAUCCAAUGCAUCGCUAUCUCAAAACACGAAUACCUAAUGCUAAAGCACCUACCUAUCUUUAUCGCUUCGACUUUGACUCACCUCACUUCAACUUGUAUCGGAUAAAGCAUUGCGGUCGUGAGGUGCGUGGCGUAUGCCAUGUAGAUGAGCUUUCCUAUAUUUUCUUUAUGCCAGACUCAUUCAAGCUGCAGCGUGAUACGAAGGAGUUUAUGAUGAUUGAAUGCAUGAUAGAUUGGAUAACAGCCUUUGCUCUCUAUUCGGAUCCGAAUUGUGAAAAGCUAAGCAGUUUAGUUUGGGAACCACUGACAGCAGAUACUCGUUAUUGUCUUAAUAUUAGCGAUAAAAUGAGCUUUAUCAAAUGGCCAGAGGAAGAUAAGUGCGUUUUAAGGGAUCAAUAUUAUAAAGAGGCGGGUAUAAAAAUUUUUUAGUUGACACCAAGUUUUACUGUGUGUGCACAUGUUUGGCAGCAAUUUAUUAGUUUUUUGUUUUUUUUACAUAAACAAAUAUUUUAAGAAACUUUUGGUUAUUAUGAACCUGACAUGUUAAAAAUUUGUUCUAAUUAGACUUUGAAAUAUAAAUGUUUGAAAAUAUAAUAAAUAAA